CGGACUGUAUCCACCGACCAUCGCAGGCUGGGAUAGGUUCAUCUUCAUCUUCAUCCAAACCCCUCUCCUAAAGCACCGCGGCGCGAAUCCCCCGUCUCUGCAAUUCUCUCUCUCCGUGUUAAGACUGUCUUUGCUUCAACUCCGCGGCGUAGAUCCGAGGAGUUUUGGAAUAGCAAAUCGGAAGCAUUAAUUGUUCGCGGACUCCCCUCUUUCCUUUUCUCUUAGAUCUUUGUUUGGAUCAGUCAUGGCUGGACUAGCUGAAGGUUCCCAAUUUGAUGCUCGCCAAUUUGAUGCGAAAAUGAAUGAGCUGCUUGAAACUGGUGGAGAGGAUUUCUUCACAUCUUAUGAUGAAGUGUACGACAGUUUUGACGUUAUGGGCUUGCAGGAAAAUCUUCUUAGGGGUAUCUAUGCUUAUGGAUUUGAGAAGCCCUCUGCAAUUCAGCAAAGAGGUAUUGUCCCCUUCUGCAAGGGCCUUGAUGUGAUUCAGCAAGCUCAAUCUGGUACUGGGAAAACAGCAACAUUUUGCUCUGGAAUUUUGCAGCAGCUGGACUAUAACAUAGUCGAAUGCCAGGCUCUGGUUCUGGCACCGACCCGUGAGCUUGCACAACAGAUUGAGAAGGUUAUGCGAGCGUUAGGUGAUUAUCUUGGUGUUAAGGUUCAUGCUUGUGUUGGAGGUACUAGUGUACGAGAAGAUCAGCGCAUACUUUCCAGUGGUGUUCACGUUGUUGUCGGAACUCCUGGACGUGUGUUUGACAUGUUGAGAAGGCAAUCAUUGCGCCCUGACUACAUUAAAAUGUUUGUAUUGGAUGAAGCUGAUGAAAUGCUUUCCCGGGGGUUCAAGGAUCAGAUAUAUGAUAUCUUCCAAUUGCUGCCUCCUAAGAUUCAAGUUGGUGUGUUCUCUGCUACCAUGCCUCCCGAGGCUCUUGAGAUCACAAGAAAAUUUAUGAAUAAGCCUGUCCGGAUUCUUGUGAAACGCGAUGAGUUAACCCUUGAGGGUAUCAAGCAGUUCUAUGUCAAUGUUGAGAAAGAGGAAUGGAAGCUUGAGACCCUUUGUGAUCUGUACGAGACACUGGCCAUUACACAGAGUGUUAUCUUUGUUAAUACCAGGCGCAAGGUUGACUGGCUCACAGACAAAAUGCGCAGCCGUGACCAUACUGUCUCCGCCACGCAUGGUGACAUGGACCAGAACACUAGAGACAUCAUUAUGCGAGAAUUCAGAUCUGGCUCGUCCCGAGUUCUGAUCACCACCGACCUCUUGGCCCGUGGUAUUGAUGUUCAGCAAGUUUCUCUUGUUAUCAACUAUGAUCUGCCGACUCAACCUGAGAACUAUCUCCAUCGAAUUGGACGGAGCGGACGAUUCGGGAGGAAGGGUGUAGCCAUAAACUUUGUGACCCAGGAAGAUGACCGCAUGCUGUUUGACAUACAGAAAUUCUACAAUGUUCAGAUUGAGGAGCUUCCCGCCAACGUUGCUGAUCUCCUGUGAGGAUGGAUGUGGGUAUUUGAAGUCCUUUUGGGGAAUGCUCCUUUGUUUUGGUAAGUUACCUCUCAUGGGUUGGUUGGUUGGUUGGUUGGUUUGUGUCCGUCUGGUUAAUUGAUUGCCCUUAAAAGCACCGAGAGGGAGAGGGAGAGGGAGAGGGAGAGGGAAAUUUCAAUAUCCUUAUCUAUAUUCACAUCCAUCCGCCUCCCAGUUUUGUUGCAGUUUGAAACUAAACUAAACUAUGCUGCAGAGAUUAUUUUGUUAGUUGUGUGUAUCAUUAUUAUUACGACGAUGAUGAUGGUUAUUGUUACCAUGGGUGGGGAAUAAGUGCGGAUUCGGAGUCUCGAUUGGACUUGUUUUAAAAGCUGAGUUUUGGAUUCUAAACUGUAACAGCUUGCGAGGGGGUUUAUUAUUAUUAUUUUUGUUAUUUAUGACACGUGUUA